AUGUCAUCAAGAAGUGGAAAAGUAAUAGUAGCAGGAGUAGCAAUAGCAGCAUCAUGGUGGUUCGGUAUAAACUUUUGGAAACCACUAGUACUAGAACAAUUAGAUAAGGAUGGGAAUUUAAGAAAAGAUUAUAAUUAUGAAAAACCAGAAGAUGAAUUAAAAAAUUGGAAUGAUUUAAAACAAAAAUGGAAAGCUUUUGAAAAUCCUGAAAAAAAUUUUUCUAAAGAUGAUAAAUUAAGUUUAGAACAUUUAAAAGAAAGAUUGGAACAAAAUAAACCUAAAGAUUAG